AUGUUGUAUUCCCAACGGCAUGCGCGUGCCCCGUCGUGCAUUCCGAACUGGAGUCAGGAGGAUGCUGGUGGGCGGUCAGUGCUCAACAAGAGAUUGGAGGAAGAUGUUCUAAACGCAAAGAAGGUUGCGUGGGUUGACAAGGCUCUUUGGGACGAGUUUCGCACUCCUGCUCUGCGCUCGUUCUUCAAUCGUGCGCUGCCGGAGCCAAGUGCGCUCGUGCUGCCGAAGGGCGCACUUUACACCGUCUACUCGGUCUCCCCGAGCCGCUUCGAGUCCGAAGAUGCCGAGUCCGAGAAGAUCCGAGCGUUGCACGACCUCGUUGGCCUUCGCCUGGAAGUCAUUCCUGGGGCGCAGCUGUACGAGUGGGACCAAAAGGAGCACAGUUCGACCCUGCGGAUGGCCUGGCCGCCUAGAGAGCCUGAUGUCGCACCGGCACCAUCAGGAGAAGAAGACAUGCUCAUUCAUGGUGAGCUUGUGCCCACCUCUCUUCGGCGCCUGGUUGUCCGAGCAGCCGGCACGCAGUGGCAUUUCGAUCCUCAGACGGAAGGGGACCCGUUGGCAAUCCACGAGGAGCAAGAGGAGGAGCACCAACUUAUGCAAGAGUACCGCUUCUACAUUCGACGACAUCUUGUCCGACAGAAAUCCAACAGCAGCGCCCGCGCAGCUCCACCAGCUUUGCCCAAUCUCCGAGCCUCCUCCGCGACGUGGACUUCAGCACGAGUGCGCUUUCACGCCCCGGCCCAGCCUGAUUGGAACAGACUGGAUGCAGUUGUUGCUGGUGGUCUGCGCAUGCCUCCAGCACUGCCUUACCCUGUGAAAGCAGGACCUGAUGGACAACAUGCUCAGGAUCCAUGCAUAGGUUGGAUGCUACGCAGCGCGCUGAAACAGAACCUCUUCGUGCUGAAGCCUCCUGGUGGAGGCUCUCAUGCUCAAAUUUUCGAGCAAGCCAUCGAGCAGCUGAACGGAAGGUUUGAAGUUGGUACGGACUUCUUCUUGGUGCUGCAGUCCAGUGGCAAACCAGUCCUUCCAAAGGAUGUCAGACAAGAAAUCCUUCAAAAGUUCUCUGCAUUCAAGGCAGAUCUGGAGGAGCUUUGCUUUGGAAACAAAGUUGGCGCCGCGCAGCCUGCGCUGUCACCAUGCAGCUCCGUACCAGAUGAUGAAGCUUCUAGUCUGGAUAUCAACGAGGAUUCAACUGGUGCCUCAUUUCUGGUCAGACGCGGGUGCAGCACCGUAUACAUAAAAGACACGACCUUGCAGACGGCCUUUAAUGGCAGUCGUGACUGGUUUGAGCUCUUCUACGACGAUGUUUUCGCUCCACCGAAGCUCUUCAACUUUGUCAUCCAAUGGUUGGUGUGUGCUUCCACUCACAUGGUUCACUUCGUCGCAUCGUUCACCCGGAUUGCAGAGAAGCAUGGUUUUACCUUGAUCCGGAUGCCAAUAGCACAGCUUUUCCCGCCACCUGCACCAUACUGGCUUUUCCGCUUCGGCAAUGACCGCGAGACCGACUUUGACCGCUUGGCCUUCUACCCCAGGCGCAAGAUUUCGUUUCCAGAUCGCGGCGACCGCACGCAGCUUUACACAAAGCUUCUUCGAGCCUGGCUGGCGCCGCCUCUGGACUUCCACUUUGUCUUUGCGACACAAAAGGUAGCCUUCGAAGUAGAAGAAGUCAAGGCACCACUCCGGGAGAAGAGUCACGAACUCUUUCAGAGGCUGAAAGGCUGGAUUCUUUGCAAUGCAGAUGGCCUCUGCCUUGUUGCGCUUCGAGAAGACACGGCCUAUUGGUACGAGAACCGAUUGCUUCUUUCUGAUACUCGCGACUCCGGAGUGCACGAGGAGAAGCUCGAGCGAAUAGAGGCGCUCCGAACCAAGUUCUACGAGCGGACAGAUGAAAUCCUGGCUGAAGAAGCGAUGGCAAAAGCGAGUGCGGGCAGCCCGGGCAUCUUCGACAUCAACCGGCAAGGUCCCACGGCAGUCAGCUUCCAAGCAUGCGCAGUUUUUCCGGAAGACUACACCCUCGCGGCAAUCUUUGGAGCCGCGGGCCUCGCUCUUUGCACGUUGCCUUAUUUGGGGUUCGGUCUUGGGGCGCUGAUCACUCUGCUAGGCAUCCUCUUCUUUGUCCAGGCAGGCCGAGUGCGGUUCGUCUUCGACAACGAGGCAUUUGAGCUUCGCACUCUGGGAACUUCGGAAGAGUUGGAAAAGCCAGGAGAGAACAUUGUUGUGGGUGGCCAGAACCGCUGGAAAUACUCAAGCUUCGUUAACUGGGAGUUCUUCCCAAAGGGACUCGUGGAGAAGGGCUUGCCCCCCGUUCUGGUGUACUUCAAGGAGAACCAGACACCAUCGUCGGAGUGGAGCACAGGCCCCGGUGCAGCGGCGAAUUCUCCGGAGGCUCUCGAGAAAGGGGCUGUGCCCGGUAUGGUGCACUUCUUUCCGUGCAUCUGCGAUGCUCAGCAAAUCAAAGCCGAGUUCGAGCGCAGGGGAUGCAAGAAGCUGUAG